AUGUCCGAAUCCCUGCUUGAUAUGCGUCGGGCGGAUAAGGAGGCGAAGCGGGCCCACGACCACAAGGCGAAAUGGGCUUACGGUAGUCGACGUGCUCGUACUGUUCCUGACCCCCUCUCGUCCGCCCUUCCUUCCACUCGCCCAGCGAUGCCGAUCACGCAUAGCAUGAACUUCACACGUGCCCUGCGGUUCGAUCGCGAGAGAGAGUCCAACCAUCUGGCCAGCGAUGCGAAGAUAGCCCUUCGCGCCGAUGUCCGGGAGGCCCUCGAGAGUGGUCCGUCCGACUCUUCCGGUGAUGAUGUCGCCGCCCCGGGAUCAGUCACUCGAAUCCAAGAGGAGCUCGAGGACAAGGAUGGCUCCCUGCACGACUAUGACGUUUCGGGGCAGACUAUACUCUCAGACGCUGUGAGCAAGGCGGUUGAGAAGUUUGAGAUCAAGGAGACAGAGAAGAUCAUCAAGACGUAUGAGAUAAUAUCUCGCGAGAGCGAGACCGCUAUCGGUUAUCUGGCGGAUGAUGAUGACUUCGAACUGGUGGACCACGUCCAUCCUUGA